CUCAAAUAAUAUCCUGUGUCCAGGCUGGUUCAUCAAGUGCCCGAGUGUGGAGCCAAAGUGGUGCCACCAAAGCGCAUCCAGACUGCCGUGUAGAUGCCGGUGGAGGGGGUUUCCUGCCUCGGAAGAGAAAGAGAGAGAGGAAGAGAGGCGUUGCCAAGGUUUUGCAGCUGCUUCUGCUGCCUCUGCAAUGGCUGAGAACGCAUCCAACCCGGAGGGAAAGAAAGAGAGGCCAGAGACCCCCUGCCAGAGAAACAACAAUUGCAAGGAGAACGAUUUAAGUCAUGCCUCUGAAGAAGGGGCCGUAUCCCUUGAAAAGGCGUUUAGUGUUCAUAAGGAAAUAUCGGAGAUCACGGUGCAUUGCGGGAUCCCUGGGUGCAACUGGUCCGGCAGCUUGAAGAACUUGGAGGAGCAUCAGCGCCUGUGCGAAUACACCCCGAUCUCGUGCCACUUUGGGUGCGGACUGGUGGCAAUUCGGAAGCAACUGGAUCAGCAUUUGCAGGACUGUUGCCUGAAGGAUCUGGGCGUCAUGCCCGCGAGAGAGGAAGGGUGCCCGUUUGCCAGCAUCGGAUGCUUCUUUAUGGGCCCUGCGGAGGAGAGAAAAGCCCAUGAAGCUGACGCCACGGGGGCCCAUUUGCAGCUGUUGCUCCAAUAUGUGAAAGAGCUGAAGGCAGGGCUGUUCCCAACCAGAGAGGCUUGGUUCACAGGCUCCGAUGUUUGGACCGGUCUCUGCUUCAACACGAUGCCGCUGCAUCCGGAGAAGAAGAAGACGCCUUGGUUAGGCCUUGGAGAGCCAGACCAGGGAGUCUCUUUGUUGGAGAGCAAGCUCCGCGUCUUCGAAGGCAUUGCGUCUGUGCUGAGUAAAGAGAUGGCUGUUUCCAGGCAGAAGAGCGCAGCUGUCCGGGGACAGAGAGGCCUCGACCAGGACAUGAUCCGUGGCUUGGAGUUGAAGAUGGCCGAUCUGCAGCGAUGCCUUGUCCAGAAAGAUGCAGCUCUUUGCAAGCUGGAGGAGAGGCUCCACUCUUCGGAGGAGAUUUCCUACGAUGGGAGCUUUCUAUGGAGGAUUACCGAUGUCCACCGCAAGUGCUACGAAGCCGUCUGUGGGAAGAUGCGCAGCUUCCAGUCUCCCGCGUUCUACACAUCCCGCUACGGUCACAAGCUCUGCAUGAGGAUUUACCUGAACGGUGACGGGAGAAGCAAGGGCUCCCACGCCUCCCUCUUCCUUGUGCUGCUCCGAGGGGAAUAUGACGCCUUGCUCCAGUGGCCUUUUGCACACGAGGUCACGUUCAUGCUGCUGAGUCAAAACAACACCGAAAACCAUGUCUGCACCAUCCACCCGGAUCCAGCAUCACCUUCCUUCCAGAGACCCAUGACGGAUAUGAACGAAGCCACCGGCUUCCCCAAAUUCAUCCUUUUGGCCAAGUUACAGUCGCCGAAGUACGCCUAUCUCAAAGAGGGGACCCUUUUCCUCCGGUGUGUCACACAAGCCCCUCCGUGAAUGUUGCUCUUGGGUUUGAAACAACGUCAGAAGCAUCUCAAGCACCUGAACUGCCAUCAAGGCCUGUUGGCUUUGCAAAAGGACCGCUCUUGGGAGCGAUGGGAGCAGAAGUCAGCGGAUAUGGAUAAAAAAAGUGGACAGAGGGUUGGGAAAAUGUUUGCAUCAUAUUAUUGCCCAAAAUGGAUCAUAAUAUUGCAUAAAAUGGAUCAUAACAUUGCAUAAAAUGGAUCAUAACAUUGCAUAAAAUGGAUCAUGAUAUUGCAUAAAAUAGAUCAUAAUAAUACUCAAAAUGGAUCAUAAUAUUGCAUAAAAUGGAUCAUAACAUUGCAUAAAAUGGAUCAUAAUAUUGCAUAAAAUGGAUCAUAACAUUGCAUAAAAUGGAUCAUGAUAUUGCAUAAAAUAGAUCAUAAUAAUACUCAAAAUGGAUCAUAAUAUUGCCCAAAAUGGAUCAUAAUAUUGCCCAACAUGGAUCAUAAUAUUGCCCAAAAUGGAUCAUAAUAUUGCCCAAAAUGGAUCAUAAUAUUGCCCACAAUGUAUCAUAAUAUUGCAUUAAAAGGAUCAUAAUAAUGCUCAAAAUGGAUCAUAAUAAUGCCCAAAAUGGAUCUUAAUAUUGCCCAAAAUGGAUCAUAAUAUUACCCACAAUGGAUCAUAAUAUUGCAUAAAAUGGAUCAUAAUAAUGCCCAAAAUGGAUCAUAAUAUUGCCCAAAUUGGAUCAUAAUAUUACAUAAAAUGGAUCAUGAUAUUGCCCAAAUUGGAUCAUAAUAUUACAUAAAAUGGAUCAUAAUAAUGCUCAAAGUGGAUCAUAAUAUUGCAUCAUGUCAAUCAUAAUAUUGCACAGUGUAAAUAAUAAUUUAUACACAUAAUAAAAGUGAAAAUAUGCAUGUA